GAGGAUGUGGCUGACGAUGCAGAGCUGGGAAGUGUAUAGUGGUGCAUUGUUUGACUCGGCUCCCAGCCAGGUGGGUGAGGCUUUUGCAAGUCAAGUGCUAUAAAAGAGGCCACCAGGCUGUCCCUGCCUUUGGAUCUGUGCUUCCAUCCCAAACCCAUCAACAGGACAUGGCAAACGAAGAGAAACACCCGGAUUCCUGGCCAGGAGGACUGUACCUGAAGAGCCCUCCCUAUACUUUACAAUUUGUUUUACAGACUCUCCAUUCUGGUCGGGAGCUAUCAGAGACCCCUGCAGGGUCGAACCACAAGUUGAUGAUUGUGACAGCGGGCGCCAUCUCUGCUCUGACCAUCAGCCUCGCUGGUGUCCUCUUGGCGAUGUUCCUUGGGCGAACGGCUUGCAUCCAGAGGGGCCCUUUUGGCUACCUGCCUCAAGUUAAUGUCCAGAAUGAGGCUUCCCUGCUUCUGGCUCUCAGCGAACUCGAUGAACAGGGCCUGUCUCCCGGCAUUACCUGCGAUCUGAGAAACCACUUGAUGGUGUACCACGGCCAGCCAGAAGGCUGUGUGACCCGCAAAAUGGAGCCCUCUGAAUUGCUGCCUUCGUGCCAAGAACUGGAACGCUUUUUCCAAGCUGUCCUGAAGAACGCCACGCUGGGGAUCACCACGGAGGUGCAGUUGAUGGGGACUGGGGCCCUAGGAGGCCUUGCCACUUUGCUGUGCAGCAACAAGCCAACAUACCUGGUUGGAAGCUCAACAUGUAAGUUGCACGGAGAGGCCAGGCUGGGCAAAAGUAGCCACGGGGGAACAGAAUGCUCCUUCCCUCGAACGAAGCCAGAUCUCCUUUUCUUUUCAACCAUUUUUUUCAGCAGCUUUUCCGAGGCAUUCAGCGACCAGACCUACGUAGGAAAUGCGUCCCCCUCGGAAUCUUCCCCCGCUACAGAAGAGGCCACAAGAUGA